CAGGGACUUUGUUCUCUCCGAAAAACACCCUCUCCAGCUGAGCAGAGAGCAAGAGAGAGGCGGAAAGGAGGAAGAAGCUGCUCACAAGAAGCCGCUUCACAGGAGUGAAACUGUCAGGUGGGCAUCUCAUUUGGCUUCCUUCAGAUAGAUGGCACAGGAGAGCAGUAGGCAAACAUGUGGCUGCCUGCCAACGGGCACGGCUGUGUUGGGGUGGAAAGCACAAGGAUCCUAUACGCUAAGAGCAGUCUCGUUCACCAGUGGUACCUCCUGUGCCCACGAGAGAGGUAUCUGUAAGCUUCAGGGAACCUCCAACAGUCCAGGAAGGUCUGAGCAGGCUCAGUGGCAGCAAAGCACUGGCUGAAUUCAAGGUGGGAAGGAUAAAAAAGGAGGAGGGGAAGGGAAACUGGGACGGUGUAUCCAGGGAAAGGGGGGUGACCCUGAAGAUGGGGAGGCCACUCUGCAACAUUUUGAUGCAGGUUCGACUUAUCUCAUAUUAUUUCUUUUCAUGCUCCACCAGGUGAUGGAUCACAAAACUGAGUGGGAAGGUAUGGAGCCCAUCAAGCGCACAGAGCUGGUGGACGUUGAUGGCAUCCCUUGCCUCAAAGACACGGCAGAUAACUGGCAGCGCCUUUGGGCCUUCAAAGCUCGGCCCGAUGACCUUCUCAUUUGCACUUACCCCAAAGCAGGUAAAUGGGGAGACAAGAAACAAGGGGCUUUGUCCUGGUGGUGAGGAGAGAACAAUGUGGGGGGAGCUGUAGAGCUUGGACGACUGGAGGCCAAUGGGUGAAUGAUUGGAUCUCCAUAUUUCUCCUCCAACCCUUCCUGCCAGGGACUACCUGGAUACAGGAAAUUGUGAACAUGAUCCAGCAUAGAGGAGACCCUCAGAAAUGUGACCAGGCCCCCAUCCAUCAACGUAUUCCCUUCAUAGACCUGUUCCCUCCAAAACCUUUCCCCCAUGGUGAGUAAUGGAUGCCGCUUCAGAGAGACAAUGGGUGUGUGUGGCGGGGGAAGGAUUUCAUCCUCACCUCUAGGCUGAAUGUCACCCUCUCGUGUUUCAGGCUUGGAUGACGCAGAGGUAAUGCCCUCUCCACGAACGCUCAAAUCUCACCUUCCAGUCCCUCUGUUGCCACCUUCCUUCUGGGAACAGAACUGCAAGGUCUGUUGGGGUCAAUGGGUUUAAUAUAAGACAAAGUUUAGUCCUGGAACCUCUCUCAGCUUCCGUGUUCAGCCCUUGGGCUGUGUGAAACGCAAAGGAGAGGAGAGGGGGGUCUAUGAGCAGGUGAAGAGGUUCAAUAUUAUGGACCAGUCAGGUUUCAAAAAGGUUGGGGGCCCCUUUUUCCUUGAAGGGCACUGCUCCCAAAAAAAUUAAAAGGAGGGGGCAGAAAGUUCACAAGGUGGAACAAGGGAUGUGAGUGGAAGGCUUCACAUUCAGACUCCCCCCUUUCUGCAGAUCAUCUACUUUGCCAGGAAUGCCAAGGACAACGCAGUCUCCUACUUCCAUUUCCACCGCAUGAACAAGGGGCUGCCAGAGCCAGGAAACUGGGAUGAGUUUCUGGAGAACUUCCUCACGGGAAAGAGUGAGUGGAGGAUACAGAAAUACAAAACAGGGAAAAAUAAAGUGUGCAUCAGUCUGAGCAAGCUUUCAGUCCAGGCCAAGACCUUGUUUGAUCUCCUCUGCCGUAUUAGAGAGGGAUGAAAGCUACUGGUCCCCACACGAGAUACACAUUAGCAGAAGGAGGGAAUUACUCUUGUUCACCUGCAAAGCUCUGCACUGUUAUAAGUUAUAUAUAGGGAAGGUUAUGUGAAAACCAGAUUAAGAGGCCUGUCCUCUGUUUCAGAUAAACCUAUGUUUGAAGGGCUAUCCGCUCAUUGUGUGGUUUAAAAACAAAGAGCCAUCAAAGGGAGAAUCUUAGAAUUGUAGAGUUGGAAAGGACCCCAAGGCUCCCAGUACAUUUCCGAGUACAAUUCAAAGUGUUGGUGCUGACCUUUAAUGCCUUAAACAGCCUCGGUCCUGUAUACCUGAAGGAGUGUCUCCUCCCCCAUCGUCCAGCCCAAACACUGAGGUCCAGCACUGAGGGCCUUCUGGUGGUUCCCUCCCUGCGAGGGAACCAGGCAGAGGGCCUUCUCGGUAGUGGCGCCUGCCCUGUGGAACGCCCUCCCAGCAGAUGUCAAUGCAAUAAGCAACUAUUUGACUUUUAAAAGACAACUGAAGGCGGCCCUGUUUAGGGAAAUUUUUAAUGUUUGAUGCUGUAUUGUUUUUAAUAUUUGGUUGGAAGCCGCCCAGAGUGGCUGGGGAAACCCAGCCAGAUGGGCAGGGUAUAAAUAAAAUAAUAAUAAUAUCUCAUUCAAUCCCCUGCAAUGCAGGAAUAUGCAGUGGUCCCAUACAGGGAUCAAACCAGCAACCUUGGCAUUAUCAGCACCAUGCUCUAACCAGUUGAGCUAUCCAGGCUCUAGGGUGGCUAUAUGCAGGAGGAGAUUUCAGGUAGUUCACCAACAUUUAACACCUGGACAGUGACCGAGAAGACAUGGAGCAGAUCAUGUGGGGACAGAUUCCCCCACUAUAUUGGGGCUCUAUUGCAUUUCUGUUUCAAUUAAUUAGUUCUGAAAAGUAGAGGGCAAAAAGUCGUGCCAGUUUGCAGAACAUUUUGAUGUGCUGAUUUAUGUGUGUGUGUGUCAGCAUUUCUUCUCCACUUGCAUCUACUUGCAGUUGCCUGGGGCUCAUGGUUUGAUCAUGUCCGUGGAUGGUGGGAGGCCAAAGAACGUUACCGAAUCCUGUACCUCUUUUAUGAAGACAUGAAAGAGGUAAGCAGUUUACACACACACACACACACACACACACACACACACACACGGUCCAGAUGGAGCCUAAGCAUGAAGUUGGGCAGGAAAGAUGCCCUUUCCUGGGGCCCGGGAGUCAAGGGACAUCUAACUCAAAUUGCAAGCUUAUUGAAAUGUGGGGUGGGGGGAAUGGAGGGUAAAUUAAGCCACCCCCAACAUGGUGUCUUCCAAACGUUUUGAACUACAAUAUUGGUUCAAGGUUGGAAAAAAGGUAUAUAAAAAGGAGACUUCCUGGAUACCAGGAUCCAGGAUUGAGGCAAGUACUCUUUGGUGAAAGAAUCCCAGCAGAGAUUUAAAAUCACAAAAUACGCAGCAAACUAAAGCAUGGAAAUAUAGGUUGCUAGACCUUCAAAAAUAUGCUCUUGAGAGUUCCAAAACUUCCCUCUUCCCCUAGCAUAGAAAAAGACCACAUGCUUGGGAGCUUUAAAAUAGUUUACUUACAAACUCCCCAAAGAUCAAAUUCACCUGCUUUACCAUACAGCAUUCAGAAAAAGAGACUGGUCCCCUAGAGUUAGGCUGUGUCCAGAUGGAAGCAUUAUCUUGCAGCCAGGUCAUGCUGACCUGAUUUUCCUCUGUUUGCAACUGGCACCCACCCCUUUUUCUUACCCAACAUAUUCAUUGCUGUCUUUCUACUUGCUGUCCCCACCACUGGGCAGAGUUUGGCAGAAAAUACCCUGGGUAUGCUUUUUUGGCUCUCCGCUUAAUCACCCCCUACCCUUAAUUAGCUGGUACAGUAUUAAAUUACAGUUUGCUUUGUGGGAGGCUGUUUUUGUUCUUUUCGUACAACCCUGAUUUAAGAGAACUGCGCAGGAUCUGUAACCAUAAGAACAGACUGGGACACUGCCGUGCUCUCUGUGUGCCGGGGUGGGUGCAUGUGCUUUGUGUAGAUCAAGAAAAUUACUUUCUCCCAGCUUCCCCUAACUGAACCUUGUGAGCCAGCCUAGUUGCUGAGAAAAGAGAGCCGAAUCAAAUUAGCCCCCUGAAGCUCUUCUUGCUGUUUUUUCUCCAAAACUCUUCAAGAGUCUCUUGCACUGCAGCAUUGGAGAGAUUUGAGGCGGGCGGGCAAGAGGCAGCAAGGGUUGAGUAGAAUCAAAUCCUUUGUACGUUCUUUUUCCAAACUAAGAGUCUAAUUUGGUAUUUGGGAGAUUGCCUGGGAUGUGAGGUGGGGGGGCAGGAAGCAAGAGGCAACAAGGGCCUUUCCUGCCCCAUGCCACUUCUGGCUGUUUCUCCCCACUCCAGUAUCCCUGAUAGCUCUAGGUAGCAGAACUUUCUUCUUCUGCAGAACUCUGUGGGGAUAAAACAAGAAGUGACCCAGGGCUGAUUUGAUUCACUUCCCCCUCUCAGCAAUGCAAGCCAAGCCGAGGACCUUGAAGAAGACUGGAGGAAAUUAACUAUCUGAAUCUGCAGCCAGCUUUGCUUAAACUCACCACACAUUCCUCCCCGCCCUUGGAGAAUUAAGCAGCCCCAGUUUCUUAUUGUCAUUUCAGAACUUCACACAAUUCCAUGAAAUAGGAUCCCAAAGUGCUUUAAAACUAGGCCUCUGGUCCCCGUGUGAAAAGAACAGCUGUUACUAGAUCCCAGGCUCCGUCUAAAAUGUAAUUUCUGAGGGCCCCAAUGUCUAAUUAGCAUGCAUGUCUGGCUAUAACGCAAACCAGGCAGUCACAAAGAGCUUCAGAAAUAAACACAAAGCAUUUCAAUAAAGGAAAUGAAGAGAAACUAAAAGAUAAGAAUCCAUCCAAUCAACGUAGAAUUGAGGGUUGGAGGGUAAGGCAGGUGAGGAGAAGGAUUAGUCAGCUGCUGGCCUUGAAAGACAAUAAUAACAUUUCAGUGUUAGAAGGUACUUCAUCUAGAAGGCUGCUCAUCUAGUUGGAUAUGCUCCCUGGGCAUUCUCUCAAAGUAUGUAGUGUUUUCAGCCAUGAAAGCACUCUGUUGCUAAACUGCUCCAAGCAAUUGCUGCAUUUGCAGAGCACAGCUCCUGAUUUAUUGUGGUUUGGCAUGCUUGAGCAGUCUGUUGGUGCACACCGUUGGCUUUGGGAAAAGAAUAGAUAGAUAUAGGGUAUAAUUUUAAAGAAGAAGAAUUCCUGGAUGCCUAGAUCCAGGUUUGGGACAAGUAACUCUUUGGUGAGAGAUCCCCAGCAGAGAUUUAAAAUCACAAAAUAUGCAGCAAAAUAAAGCAUGGAAAUAUAGGCUGUUAGACCUUAAAAUAUACCCUUCUAAAUUACUUCCAAAGUUCACAACUUCCCUUAGUAUAGAAAGAGACCACACGUUUCGUAAGUUAAAAAUGGUUUACUUACAAACUCUUCGAAGGUCUGAGUCAUGUGCUUUUCCAUUCAGCAGCAAGAAAAAGACAGGAAGUAUAACUCAGGUUCCUAAAUGGUAAAUGUUUCCAAAUCAUUUGUAUAGAAACACAAAUAUGGCUUGCUUAAACCACACGGUCUAAGCUUGGAGCAUCCAGCUUAGAUCUCCUUACUGGUAGGGUUCACAUGGUGGAAUGGAACAACAAAGAGUUUGGUGACCUAGCUAAGCCUGGCAGGACUGCUUACCCUAUGGUCUUAACCCUUUCAUGCAUUAAUUAGUUAAGCAUGUUGGUUAUAUGAGGCUGGGCAUCCCACACAUACUGCCCGGCUAUUUCUGCUUUCCUAGCACAAGUGAGAAAACCAAAGCAGGAGGCCUACUGUGAUCAUGGUUCGUAGCUCCCUGCCAAGCCAUGAUCACUAGCCAACGUUGGCUUGCUGGUCAUGUGCCCAGUUAUCGAGCAAAAAAAUCACAGUGCCUGCUUUAGCCAUAAUGGGAAGCCAAGGCUUACACAUUUAUUUAUCUCUGUCAAAGAAUUAGGGAAUGGUGAGUUAUUGGGCAGUGUAUCUUAUGCUGCUCAAUUACAGUAAACCACAAAAAACUAGGAGAUCUGUUUAAUUUUCCUGUGAGAAUGUGGCCAAUGAGUCUGAUAUCGUAAGCUUGCAACUGUGGGCCCCAAUCAAUCAAGAAGCACAAUUACAGCCCAAAUCUUCCCUGACAACAGUUUCGUCUCUUCCUUAGGACCCAGCCCGGGAAAUCCGGAAAGUAGCCCAAUUUCUGGGCCUACAACUCCCUGAUCCAGUUGUGAACCAGAUUGUGCAGCAUACAAUGUUUGAGAACAUGAAAGUAAACCCAAUGACUAACUACAGCUCCAUUCCGUCUUUGAUCUUUGACCAAACUGUGUCACCCUUCAUGCGAAAAGGUAUGUUGUUGGUGGUGGUGGUGGUGGGGAUUAGAUGCUGAGUUCUAGCUCACAUCGGAGAGAAGAGGAGAAUUGUGGUACUGGGAUGAUGGUGAAAGUGUUCAGGGAGUAAACACUUUCAGUUGCAGCAGUGUUAUAGAUGUACCACAUAAUAAUAGAAUAAUUAAGGGUCAGUUCAAUAAACUUGCAUCUCCACUGUGAGGAAGCUUCUAAUUUAAGGUGCAAGAGACUUUUCUGAAUUGGACUUGCUUCCCAUAGUAUGAUAUUGGUCAUGUGGAUGGACACUGAUGGACAAUAUAAGCAGUGGUGUGGGGAAACUGGUUUUUGUCAGCUUCCAGAGGACUGGAGGAAAGUAAUGCUUUAGCAGCACUGACAUGGAGAUGAAACCCAAGAUUGUCAUGCAGUGUGUGCUCUAGAUAGAUCAUAAUAUCUGUUUUAGGAAGACAGUGACGAUGCCUGAUAAAAAAUGAGUGUUUACCCUAGGAAACUUCCCAGAAACCUCUGCAAUCCAGUUGGGAUUCUGUGGGAGACGUUGAAGGAAAUGAUAGACAAGCUAAUAUGGAAGAGAGGGUUCCAUGAAAAUAGGAACACACUAGAUUAGAGUAGGAGGAAAGGUGACUAGUAAACUGGAAGUUUUUUCUGAAUUGUGUCUCCUGUCUAUAGGCACUGUAGGAGACUGGAAAGAGCACUUCACAGCGGCACAAAGUGAGCGGUUUGAUGAUGCCUGUCUACGGUUGUUAGGGGACAGCAGCCUGGUCUUCCGCACAGAGUUGUAAGAACAUCCUUCUGCUACCCAUUGAUAUUUUCUCCAUAACAUUCCUGGAGUGGACAUUUUGUCUGAUUUCAAUAAAAUAAGCAAUGAAACCAAAUGGAAGGAC